AUGGGGAGGAAGAAGCUGGCGAUGAAGCGGAUCGAGAACCCGACAGCCCGUCAGGUGACCUACAUGAAGCGCAAGGAUGGAAUCAUUAAGAAGGCCAGCGAGCUGUCCAUUCUUUGCGACACCGACGUCGGCCUCAUCAUGUUCUCCCCCGCCGGCCGCCUUUCCACCUUCGCCACCACCGGGAGUAGGGUUGAGGAUAUCUUCCUCAGAUUCGUGGACAGGCCUGAUGAACUGAGAGGAGGGCCGAUUAACCAUGAAGAGUUCUUGUCUCGAAAACUCAAGGAGUUAAAAUACGAGGCAGAAAUGCUGGAGAAGAUUGUCAUGUAA